GCCCUUGUGCCCCGUCCCACCGCAGGUUCUGGCUCGUCAUCAGGGAGGACGGACACAUGGUGACAGCUCGCCAGGAGCCGCGGCUCGUCCUUGUUUCCGCCAACUGUGAUGACGGGCACUUGGUCUUGGAGGCCAGGGACAUGGAGAGGAUAAGCGUGCCUGUAAAGCUCCCCGAGAAAAACCCCGUCCGAAACUGCAGGGUGUUUGGACAGGAUAUCCAAGGCAGGGAUUGUGGUGAUGAAGUGGCUCAGUGGAUCACCACCUUCCUGAACUCAGAGCCCUGUCGACUGGUGCACUUCGAGUCCUUCAUGGCGCCAAGAAAGUCAAAGGACUCAAUAGCCCUUUUCCGAAACACAGAUGAGGUUGCCUAUCCUGACUGCAGCCCAGUCUUGAUCAUCUCCGAAGCUUCAAUGGACGAUUUAAAUGCCAAGCUGGAAAAGAAAGUUAAGAUACAGAACUUCAGGCCAAAUAUUCUUGUAACAGACUGCAGUGCUUUUGAGGAGGACACCUGGGAGGAUAUUCUUAUUGGUGAUGUGGAGAUGAAAGGGACUGUGUGUUGUGGCAGGUGUAUUUUAACAACCGUUAAUCCAGACACAGGGGUCAUCGACAGGAAGGAGCCUUUGGAAACACUGAAAAGUUACCGCUUAUGUGACCCUUCUGAGAAACACAUUUACAAAACCAGCCCUCUCUUUGGGAAAUACUUCGCUGUUGACAGAACUGGAACGAUUCAAGUUGGAGACCCUGUGUACAAGAUGAUCUGGGAAUGAAGGAGACUUUGAUCAGAAGAUGCUUUUUUCCUUUGAUAUGUGGAUUGUUUUUCCAUGUACACAGUCACCAGCAUAACCUUUUCUUCUUCCUUGCAAUAUUUGUUCUGCUUUUUAAGGUGCAGGAGGUUCUUUGAGGCUGUGAAUUGUCAGUCAUUUCAGAUCAUGGAAUCUACUGGCAUACCUGUAGUAACCACACCUUUGGUUUUCCUGGAGGCUGUGGUAGAAGAAACUGGCCCAAGACAGACUUUACAGCAGUACUGUGAGCAUCACACCUCCUAAAAUUUCAUGUCAACUGCAAUAUUGGAAUCCAAAAUCAUGUACAAGGGUUUGUAUCAUAUGUUAGAUACAUUUAGUGCCGAGAAGAACCAUAAAAACAGUCAUGCCAAGCACAAAGUAUGUUUGUCACAGAGCUGCCUUUACAAAUGAUCGUUGUAUGCAGAUGACAGGGUUCUGCUUCCCUCCUUUGGUCAUAAUCAUCUUGCCCUGUCUAUGUCCAGAGGUAGUUUUUAGCAGUGUUUCUUUCUUUGAAGUUGUUUCUUGAAGAUUUUUAGUAUCUCUUAAGAUUGGAGCAAUAUCAGGGGGAGGAUUCUGAGCUAAAUGGAUAAUCAGGACUAGAGGUGGGGGUGCCAGGUAAUGAUGUGGCCUAGUUUAGUUUGUGACCUCUGCUGACAGUUUGAGCUGUCAGUUUUUUAUCCAGUGAGGAAUACUGUAACAGAGUCUGUAGAGUAGUGAUACAUUUGCUAACAUAGUGGUAGAAUUUCCAGUUUGAAGGAACUGGGUGUUCACUGUGUCAGAGGCCUGUGUCAAAGCCGUAGGGCAGUGAUCUGAUGUUGAGCCUACCCUGUUCAAGCUGGUGUCCAAUAUUGUAGGGCUCAUGCACAGCUCAUCUCUGGCUCAGUGGAUCCCUUUGUUUAGAAAGUUAGUCUGCUAAGCAGAUGUUUGGGAUGCUGCAGUUUGAGUAUGUUAACAUCCUUACAGGUUAUCCCCCUGUCGUGCUCCACUCUAACCAAAAAGUCAGCUGUUUGUAGGAAGCUGAUAAUUCUAUUUUCUGCUUCACAAAACAAAUAAGGGAGAAAACUAGCUGAAUUACAGCAGUGUUAUAUUUACUUUAAAUAUUACAUGAUUUUUAAUUACUUUUUUUAAAAAAGUAGCCUCCAGGACAAAAGCCAGCCAUCUUUUGAAUGUUUGUCUGCUUGUUUCUUUUUUAUGGAUUACUAAAUUUGAAAAAAGUGUUGCCCUGUCCUAAAAGAGGAAUCAAAUUAAGUGUGAAGAAGGAAAAAUAUGAUCCAAUCAUAUGAUCCAAUCUGACAUUUAGAUUCUUUAUUUUCUGUUGUAAGUAUGAAAAGGGAAUUUUUGAUGCAUGUUCACAACUCAGACCUGUAAAAUGAAGGGCUGUUGAGCUUUGAGAAAGUGCAGGUGGAUAUAUGUGGCAAUCCUGAAGUAAUCAUGUCAGGGAGGUAGUUUUCUAUUAUUUGUGAACUCAGAGUUGCUCUGAAUGCCAUUUUGUCAGCAGGGUACUCUGUAAGUAUUAAGUUUUCCUGGGAUAGACAAGUUCCCAGUUUGAAGUGCAUGUUGCAUAUUUGUGUAUUGUUAUGCCUGAUGCAGCAACUAGUGGGAAGAAGUGAGAGAAAAAGCAUCUUUUGAAAAGAAAAAUAAUUCUGAGGUUCACUCUUAAAAAGCACAUGUUGGAAAUUCUUAGUGUAAGAAGCUGAAAGUUUGUGGAAUUCCUAAUGGUAUCAUUGAGCACAGGCAGCCUGCUGGCCUGCCAAAGCAAUUAGUUAAGAGUGUGUCUCUUCAUUAAGUCAAAGAAGUGGAAGGAAAAAGAGCUGAUUUUUUUUUUGCUUCUGGCCAAACGUAUUUUUUCCACUGUUGUUCUAGCAGCAUACAAGCAUUUACAUAACACAGAUUGUGCAGUAUAGAUUCCACUGCCUCCUAUUAGGCUGUUGAUUGGGCUGAUUUGGAAAUGGGGCUGUCUUUGCAAGGAGAAACUGCUGUCUGGAUUCCUGUCUGGGAGAGGUCAUAGAUCUAACCCUCUGAUUUACUCCUGUAAAGCCUCUUAGCAGAAUAUGGCUGGAAUCCUAAAGCAGGUGUGCAUCUGAGUACAGCAUGGUUCAUAGAUGGCACUUAAAUUGAUUAUGUGGCCAUUUUGUGAAGUUGAGAGAAUGAGUUAGACCACUGCACUGUAAAUAUCUUCAUAUGAAUGUUGAUUUGCUGUAACUGUAGGAAUUGUGUUUGAUUUUGUUAAAGCAAUUUAGAAAAUUUACUGAAAAUGUGUCAGUCAUAAGCCACUGUUUUUAAAAUUGUGUACUUAAACAAUUGUGAAUUUUUUUUAACUAGAGGAAGAGAACAAAAGUAUAAAUUUCUAAUGAAUCCAACUUUCUUAAGGUGUAACAUUUGUUUGUGAUUUUUUUUUGGUUUCUCUUUCAGCAUUUAAUUUUCACCAGUUAUCAGGAUCUCAUAUAUAGUUAAUACUGAUGAUUCUUUUUAAUCCUACCUCUGAAUCCAGAAAUAUAUGCACUAAACCAGAGGAUAUGUGUAAGAGAACAGACCCAUCAGAUAUAAGUGGUCAUUAGACUCUGUUUUGCAACUGUUUUGAUCUAGAUAAUGAGAAAGACGUUUACAGACUAAUUUUUUUUUUCAGAGAUGUAUGAAAAUAGGGGAAAAUAGGUUUAAAAAUAUCAGAGUUAAAUCUAUCCACGUCAUGUCUCAGUAUAAUACUGAAGCUUUUUUUUUACAGCAUUUAUUGUACCAAUAGUUCUUGCAGAAGACUAUGUACAAGACUGCAGUUGUUAAAAGCAGAAAUUUCUGGGUUGCUUAAGAUUUGUGGUGGAUACCUUUUCAGACAAGUCUGCUCUCCCCACAAAAAAACUGAGAAAGAUUCUGUGCCUGCAUCCUAAGGAGAAAAAAAGCCUUCCAAAGGCACCACUGCUAUUCUGUAAGAAGAUGAGAUUCAUGGAUCUUGCCUCUACAAAUGGCAAAAGUUUUAAAAAGGGCUUCCCCAGGGUGUUUGUUUCUGCUCUGUCCUAGCACCUGAAAUUGCCUUUUUCUCAUUCAAGAUCCAUAAGAAAUUCCCUGUGCUGGGUAGCUGCAGGGCUGAGGACUACACAUGCAGUCUUUGUUUCUUUUGGACAGAAGAUUCUAAAAAGUGAUGCAGGCAUAAGGCCCACGUGUGUAUCAGUCUUCAGCUGGAAGAGAGGCAGCAUUCAUAUCUCAAGUGUUCAUCUUUUUACACAAUCUACAUUGUGUUAAUGUUAACAAUCUCAAGAUGUUACAGCAUGUUACUGUUACUGGUAAUUAUUUGUAUCUUAUGUGAAGAAAUUGGUAAACUCAGUAAGGGUUUCACAUACGGGCCUUUUCUGUAACAAAUCUGCUUCCUCAUCAUGACAAUGGUUGGAUUCUGAGCCAGAAUCUUCACUUGUAUUUGCUUUCCUGGUGUAGGACAAGGAUCUUCACCUACAGAUGUAAGCCUGCCAGAGUUCAGGAAGUGUUUGGACAAUGCUGUCAGGCACAUGGGGUGAUUCUUGGGGCUGUCCUUGGCAGGGUCAGGAGACAGAUUUUGACAAUCUUUGUAGUCCCUUUCCAGCUCUGGAUAUCCUGUGAUUUCAAUUUUCUUCACUUUUAUUUAUUGUUCUUUUUUCAAGUAUCCUCAAAUCAUGGAUUGUCUCUGUGCUAUCAGAGCUGCUUCUGGGAUAGUGUGAAGAAGAUGCCCCAACUGAGAGAGCGGCACUGGCUACUGCAGUAUGACUGCAGCAUGUUUUGUGGGGGGCACACAGCACUGCUCAGAGCAGGUGAAGCAGGGGUUAGCACCUCUUGGCUCCCCAGCUGCUAAAUGCCUGUUUGGGAUUGUUAGAACCAGGGUGUGAGCAGUCAAGCCUAGCAAUGAAGCUUGGACUCAACUUGUGGUGCAGGUGAAUGUCAUUUCCUACAGCAGACUGGCAUGAAGCCACAGAGCAAAAAGAGCUGAGGACAUGCCAGGUACAGUGAAGGGGAGGAUGGUGUCAGCAUGGCAAGUGACAGUGUUCUUGGUCAGACAGGCCAGGGAACAGGAAUGGUUGGAAGGGGAAAGGAAAUGAGCAAGGCCCAGGGUGUGUGUUAGGGCUGGAGCUGUACGAGAUUGGACUGUGAAUGAAGGCAAGGUACUUGCCUUCACAUACACCCAAGGUACUGGGUGGUGCCAUGUUCUCCAGGUGUUUCUGUGCAGAUGGACUGAGAAUGAGCCCUGGUUGUGGAAUGGCAUCAAUUCCCAGUAUUCAACAAUAACCUGGCCUGAGGAAUGCCAUUCUCCCCAGUGGGCCACAGCUCAUCACAUGGAUUUCAGGAAAUCAUGGAGUGAGUCAGGUUAGAAGAGACCACACCAGAUCAUCUGGUCUAACCUCCCUGCUCAAGCAGGAUCAUCCCAGAGCACAUGGCACAGGAUUGUGUCCAUAUGGUUCUUGAAUAUCCAUAGUGAGGGAGGCUCCACAUUCCCUCUGGUCAACCUGUUCCAGUUCAUGGUCCCUGGAAGUUGUUCUUCAUGUUCAGGUGGAACUUCUGUUUUGCCCAUUGUCUCUUAGUCCCAUUGCUUGGCACCACCAAGAAGAACCUGGUCCAUCUUUUUGAUACCCUCUUUUGGGUACUUACAGACACUGAUAAACCACAGGUAAUUGUAGCCUGAGCUAAACAUCAGGUAGACACUAUCUUCCACCUGUGCAGAACAAGGACAUGGAGCAGCCUGUGAUCACAUCACAGUGAAGAGUUUGGGUGGAAAUCUCUCAUUUUUGCCCUUGGAUUGUUAUGCACAAGACACCUAGGGUGGGUUGAAAUUCCCCUUUCCUCCAGAAGCAGUAUUGUAGAGAAUUGUAUCUUCUCUAGUGCACAAAAUUGUUCUGACAACUUAUCAUUGCUUAUUUAACAGCUGACUGUUCUCACUUUCUUUAGGCACUAGAUAAUAAAACACAGUGAAACAAUUA